CUCAACUCGCUCAUUCGUCACUCCUACAUGUUAUUAUCCUUUGUAAUACGUUUUGAAUUACAACAUUUUAGUCACAUUAGUGUUUCACACUACUCUUUUAGUACAACUUUCUAAAAAAAAAAUUAGUAUGCUAAUGGUUAUGCGAUUUAACGCAGGUGCAUACUUAUGGAUUCAGGGGAUGGCUCUACUUCAAGAUGGUUUUGUCGAGAGUGUAAGCGUGCCAUUACCAAAACGGGAUACACAGCUUGUGAAUGUGGGUGUAAAACAUGGGUAAACAAUGGGACUAAUGAGAAAUGGCUCAUCGCGGAUAUCCCAUUGGCGAGUCCUCCACUUAACAAUAAAGGUCCGAUUCUUUGUACUGAUGACAGGGAGUCUGAAUAGGACUGUGAAGUUGUUGGAAGGAAAAGAAGCAUGAAGGACCCUGCUGAGACUGAAAACCAAAACAAAGGCCGAACAUAUUUUCUUCGGCCACGCUAUAUGGACAGGUCUAAGAGUAUGAAUGAGGAAUCAUCUGAUGAUGAGGAUUCAGAUGAGGAGGGGUCUGAUCACGAGGAUUGCGAUGAUCAGAAUAAACUUUCUCCUCCUGAAGAGAAGGAACAUGUUCCUGUCAAAGAAACAAUUCCUUUAGUAUUUCGAUUUGAAGAUGAGGACCCCGUUCCCCCAGUGAAAGAAGAAUAUGAAAAGGAAAUCGAAGAUUAUUUUGCUGAAAUGAAGAUGUGUUUGUUGGAAAAACGGAUAAGCCUUACAAAUUCUUCACCUGUUUUGCAGAUGCAAAGUGAAAAAUUAAGUGACUGUCAGAUGGGGAAUCACAAGCUUAAGCUAGAUGAACAAAUUGGACACAUCUGUCCAAUUUGUUCAAAUGUGAUUUUGGAAAUGAAGUACAUCUUCCCUGAUUUUGCUAGAAGACCUCGACAAAGGCAUAGAAGAAAAUAUCUCCGAGAGUCGCCAUCAAUUUUCAGAGCUUCUGAUUCUUCUGCAGACCAAGAUUCAGCUAUUUAUGAAGAAGAAGGAACGGUGUGGGAUUUAGUUUCCCCAAAUGUUAAAGCGGCAAUGUAUCCUCAUCAACGUGGAGGAUUCGAGUAUAUGUGGAAACACAUUGCUGGAGCUAUAAAAUUUGAGAGGCUGAGAGAGCACCUAUCUAAGAGUAGGGGGGAUGCAUUAUCUCACACCCACCUGGCACCAGGAAAACCCGACUCACCAUUGUGUUUCUUCAGUCUCUUCUGAAGAUUUAUCCGAAG